AUGGUAUGGAGGUAUCCAAGAGAAUUUACCGAGACCUUGACUUUGAGUACGAAGUUUCCAUUUAAAAUCAACUGUGACGAUGGGUUUGCUCGCGGCAAUCGUUGUGAACACCGUAGGGGCCGCCGUCAUUUACGGGACGGGGGGCCUAGGAGCCGCGUGGGUGGCGCCGAUGCUGGGCUUCAGCAGCGGCGGCAUCGUUGCCGGCAGCACCGCCGCCGCCGCCCAGGCAUACUACGGCAACGUGGCGGCGGGCAGCGUCGUUUCUCAGCUAACCGCGAUUGCUAUGGCGUCACCAACUCCAUAAAUAGAUAC